AUGGACACCCUCGUUGCUCAAUACGCCCAAUCUCCCUUUGCCAACGAAGGCGUCAACUCAGACGAUCAGAAUGACUUCUGCGAGACAGUACCUCCUUUGUCCCUCAAAUUUGCCCUACCACCUAUCCCUCGGCCUUCUGCUUUCCUGCGCGCGACCGCAGACGAUCACUCCAACCCCAAUUGCCCGAUCAAGAUUGCCCACGGCACGACAACGCUAGCUUUCAGAUUCAAGGGAGGAAUCAUCGUCGCAACCGAUUCAAGAGCUACGGCCGGCAAUUGGAUUGCUUCACAGACAGUCAAGAAGGUCAUAGAGAUCAACCCCAUGUUGCUAGGAACCAUGGCUGGAGGAGCUGCUGACUGCCAAUACUGGUUGGCUUAUCUCGGUGUACAGUGUCGGCUGCAUGAGCUCCACCACAAGCGACGGAUUUCUGUGGCAGCGGCCUCCAAGAUUCUGGCAAACCUCGUCUACUCGUACAAGGGCAUGGGACUUUCGAUGGGCACAAUGAUUACCGGUGUAACACCCCAAGAAGGGCCUGCGCUGUAUUACAUAGACUCAGAUGGAACGAGGCUGGCCGGUAACCUUUUCUGCGUGGGGUCUGGUCAGACAUUCGCCUACGGCGUGCUGGAUGCCCUUUACAAAUAUGAUCUGGAAGAUGACGAGGCUCUUGAAUUGGGCAGGCGCAGUAUCCUGGCGGCUACACACAGAGAUGCUUACUCCGGCGGCUACAUCAACCUCUACCACGUGAAGGAGGAUGGCUGGGUCAAGCACGGCUUUUCCGACACGAACCCCAUCUUCUGGCAAACCAAACUCGAGAAGGGCGAGUUCUCCAACGUCACGAGCGAGCUGUCAUGA